GGAGAGGUUUAUGGGCUUCUCCGCGGGUCCUGGCGCUCACCGCCGGCCCCGCCGGGCCCGUUCCGCCGACCGGGAUGCUUAUGAGUCGCGCGGGGGCGGUUGGAGUCCCAGCGCCCCGAGUCCGAGUCGUGCGGUCUCCGGCCAGCCCGGCGCGCGUACCGCGACGCCGAGGCCCCCGAGGUAGCGUCUCGCCCAAGGUCACCCCGCGGCGGCGGACCUCGGCGGACCGGAGCGCUUAGAGAUCCUGCCCCAGUCCGGCCGCCGGCCUUUCGGGGGCGCCGGGUGGGCUUGGCGGCCUCGGGUUCGAGCCAGGGCCGGGAGAAAGGCUGUGCGCGGACUCCGCUGGUUCUCUCUCUCUGUUUACCGCUGUUUUCUCUGUUGCUGUCUCUGUCACCUGUUGUCAUCUGCUCUUUUUGCCUCUCAACUCGGCCCCUGUCAACUUUGUCAUUCUCUCCACCUUGUCUCUCUUAGGAUUCAGGCCCUGUCUUGAUUUCUGUCUCCACCUUCCUUCUAUGUCUCUUGACCCUGUGUUUUCUUCUCUGUCCUACUCUCAUUCGUGACCUGCCGGUCAGUCCAGUUCUUUGGCCAUCUGUGUUUGUCUCUCUCUGCCAAUUUUAUGUCUUCUUAUUUCUGCCUCUCCUAACUGGGUUUGUCUAGAUGGGGCAGGGCAGGCCUGCCCGGACCUCUGAGCCAUGGAAGGUGACUCAUGACCCCGUGAAGCUUCCUGCACUGGUGACAUUCUCAGUGACUAAACCACAGUCUGGCCUCAGCUCUGACAGGUGUCGCCCAACCUAAGUGUCAGGGUGCAGUUGCUCCUGAAGUCAGUGUGAUUUUUAUGUGAAGCAAAGCUGAGAGAUGGAUUCCUCUUCCUCACUCAUUCAUACUUUUUUGAUGGCCAUGGCAUAAGAAACUUUAUCCCAGGAAUACGACUUUGCAUUAGCACUGAACAAGAUUUGUGAUGAAAUGGAGCCUGGAACAAACUCUUUUCGAGUAGAAUUUCCUGAUUUUUCCAGCACCAUUCUGCAGAAACUGAACCAGCAGCGCCAGCAGGGACAAUUGUGUGAUGUCUCCAUUGUUGUCCAAGGCCACAUUUUCCGGGCACACAAAGCUGUUCUUGCUGCCAGUUCACCGUACUUUUGUGACCAGGUACUCCUGAAAAACAGCAGGAGGAUUGUUUUGCCUGAUGUGAUGAACCCCAGAGUGUUUGAGAACAUUCUCCUGUCUAGUUAUACUGGACGUCUAGUAAUGCCUGCUCCAGAAAUUGUUAGUUAUUUAACAGCAGCAAGCUUCCUCCAGAUGUGGCAUGUGGUAGACAAAUGCACUGAGGUUUUAGAGGGAAACCCUACAGUCCUUUGUCAGAAGCUAAAUCACAGCAGUGACCACCAGUCUCCAAGCAGCAGUAGUUAUAAUGGCCUGGUAGAGAGCUUUGAGCUGGGCUCUGGGGGCCAUACUGAUUUCCCCAAAGCUCAAGAACUGAGGGAUGGAGAGAAUGAAGAGGAGAGCACCAAAGAUGAGCUGUCAUCUCAGCUCACUGAGCACGAAUACCUUCCCAGCAACUCAUCCACAGAGCAUGACAGGCUGAGCACUGAAAUGGCAAGCCAGGAUGGUGAGGAGGGGGCCAGCGACAGCGCUGAGUUCCACUACACCCGGCCCAUGUACAGCAAGCCCAGCAUAAUGGCUCACAAACGCUGGAUCCACGUGAAGCCCGAGCGCUUUGAACAGGCGUGUGAGGGCAUGGAUGUGCAUGCACCCUACGACGAGCACCAGGUCACUGAGUCCAUCAAUACCAUGCAGACAGAGCACUCAGUCCAGCCUUCAGGAGUAGAGGAGGACUUUCACAUCGGGGAAAAAAAAGUCGAAGCAGAGUUUGACGGACAGGCUGAUGAAAGCAAUUAUGACGAGCAGGUGGAUUUCUAUGGCUCUUCCAUGGAAGAGUUUUCUGGAGAGAGGUCGGAUGGGAAUCUAAUUGGGCACAGACAGGAGGCUGCCCUAGCAGCGGGCUACAGUGAGAAUAUUGAAAUGGUAACAGGGAUUAAAGAAGAAGCUUCCCAUUUAGGAUUCUCAGCCACUGACAAGCUGUAUCCUUGUCAGUGCGGGAAAAGUUUCACUCACAAGAGUCAGAGAGAUCGGCACAUGAGCAUGCACCUUGGUCUUCGGCCUUAUGGCUGUGGUGUCUGUGGUAAGAAAUUCAAAAUGAAGCAUCAUCUCGUGGGCCACAUGAAAAUUCACACAGGCAUAAAGCCGUAUGAGUGUAAUAUCUGUGCAAAGAGAUUUAUGUGGAGGGACAGUUUCCACAGGCAUGUGACUUCUUGUACCAAGUCCUACGAAGCUGCAAAGGCUGAGCAGAAUACGACUGAGGCUAACUAAAAAUAGAAUCUGGCCCUUGAGUGGCAGGCUCAAAAAUAAACUAUGGUAAUUAUGCAAAUCUGGGCACAGAUGAUGCGUGCUACUUGCUAUUAUGAGAGAAGCUUAAAAAGAAAAGGAAGAUAUUUCUGAAAGACCAGCUCUAAGUAGGCCAAUUAAAAAAUUUAAUUCCUCAAAUUUGUAUAUUCUAGUCCAGGCCUGGAGUGGGUAAUGGGGUUAAGUUAACCUCCCCCCCACCCCCACAGCUGGCCAGGUAAGCCUGGAGGCCCAUGUGAUCGAGGCAGGUGGACUUGGUGAUGCAGACACCUGGCUGGGAACUGGACUCCAACCCGCCAGUUCCAUUUCAGGUGGCAGCAAUUUGUGAUCACUCAUUAUUACAAGGUCAUGUUGGAAUUUCGUUUUGCUCUUACUAUACUUAGGUAACGUGGAUUUGUUUUGGUAGCUGCUUCACUGAAUGAAAUGCUACUUAUGUAAAAGCUAAAAAUCAUGUGAUUCUAGGAUGAGAAAUUGAUUAACAGCUCUCUUGUCUGGUUUUAUUCUUUCUAAAGGGUAUUUUAACUAAAUAUGGAGAUACUAAGAGGAUUACAUUCUAAGUAUGAAACAACUUAUGGUACAAGCUUCAAUUUCUGUAAGAUGCCACUGUCACAUUGCGUUUCAGACUCUAGAUGAGGCAAAGUUUUGCAUUUUAGUACUAACGUUUAGUUUGAGCAAUUGUGUCUAAUUGUAAUUCUCUAGAGUGCCAGUGAUAGGUAUUUCUAAUUGGUUUGCUGUCCCAAAUCCUGUUUGUUGAAUUGUAGCAUCCACACAGUGGGAUCUGCUUUGACUCUGACCACGGUACCGUUGGGCGCUCCAGCUGUUUCUCUCAGAUUAUGGUGCUUCCCAAAGAGGCCACUCAGUGACCACAGUUAGUGGGAAGGAGUCAGAAGUCAUAUCUGAGAGUUACCUGUGAACUUCAGGAGUUUAUAAUAGAGCGCUACAGUAAGACUCCAACUGUCAGAGUGAGAGUUGCUGAGUAGCAGAAUUUUGAGUGGCAGGUUAUACUUGAGGGGAAGAAAAAACACAACUGGCCAAGAAAAGAGGAGUCUUGAAAAUAUACUGGUGGGAGAGAUGGUUUUAGAGGGGUACACUGAGCUCAUACUACCAGUUCUUUAGGAGUACUGUAAUGUGUUUUCACCAGGGGAAAGAAGGAGUCCUAAUUUUAGAAAGUAGUCUACAGAUUCAUGCUCCCAAAUUAUAGAUAAAGCUGCAUAAAUUUACAAGUCCACAUAGCUAUACCUACCAAAAAACAACAAGAAAAGCAGCUAUUCUGAGACCUUUUCUUCAGAUCAGUCAGAUGGAGGUGUUUUAGGUUAAAAAGGAAGCAUAUAUUCAGGAUGCUUGUGAGCUGUGUAAUAUACCUGAAGUUAUCACCAGGCUAGGACAGGGUGCUACCACUAUGUCAACUUUUCCAUAAACUUACUGGUCUGUUACUUCCACGUGGAAACUUGUUCCUUAAAAUAAAAACUUUUCUUGGAUUUGGGGUGAAAUUUUGUUUUAAAAGUUUGACUUUGCUCUAAUGUGAUAGACAUUGCUGGCAAUGGCCUCUGAUCCUCAAGCUUCAACCACCAAGGCAUUUACUUGUUGAACAUUGUCUGGAAAGGGGAAAGAAAGUACUCAUUUACCAGUUAACUCUUGUAAUCAAGAUUACAAAACAGGGAUCUGUUCAUUAACACUGUAUCAUUCUUGAUAUAUAAAAAGCACUUUGUAUUUAAAACUUUAUUAUAAGUAUAUAUAUAUAUAGAUAGAUAGAUAGAUUUUUUAACCUAGAAACUAGAUAUUACCUCUUGGUUGUUUGCCACAUUAAUAUCCUCUUCUCUUAGAGUUGAAACUUCACCAGUUGACAGUCCUUCCUCUGUGUCCCUGAUAGGAGUGUGGAGAGGUGGCUGCACAGUCCGGCUCCAUUGCUUCUUCUCUUUUCCUCAUGUCAGAAGCCAGUGGGGCUUAGGUCUGAGCCUCGCCAUUAUGUUUGAGGAGAAGUUGUUUUAUUACUCCUAGUAAUUUCAAUACUAGGGCAGUGAAGUCAUUUUGUUCUGCCAAAAACUGAUCACACUCUCCCAUGUGUUAGCACACCAUUUUCUGCCUGUUUAGAAGGUUUGAUGUGCUGUUUCCCAUUAAAAAUUAUAUUCAGAUGAGCGUUGGGACAUUUGGGGAGGAGUCAGAGAGGUGAAAUGAAAGUAUUCUGGAAAAAUCAUGGUCCUGCAGUGAAGCUGAAAUCAGCACGGCCACCUCGUCGUGAGUGACGAUGAAGCGCUCUCGUUCAGCCGGGCAUGGCGGGCAGCCCUUGGCUGGUAGUUUUGAAAGCAGUCAGUUGUGCUGGGACUUAUUUAAUGGGUUGUGAAGAGAGGAGUAUCUUUUAGAAAUCCUUAUAUGGACAUCAGCUACUAAAUGUAGGAUCUAAAGUGUAAGUUCCUCACAUCUGCUGUUUUGUUUUCUGUGAUAGUUGGGGUUUCCGUAAAAAUUUGGGUUGCUGAUCAGGUGACCCAGAUCCUGUGAGAUGCUUGGGCCUCUGAGAUGCUGGCCCUGUGCAGAGAGGUGGGGGAAGGGGAUCGCCUUAGUUUGGAUGUUAAAAGUGAAUUUUUAUAAACUCUGCUUUUUAGGAUUAGGAGACUGGACUGUCUUACUACCUUUUCUUCCUGCCCGCCCUGGGUCGGAUAGAUGGUCUCUCUCCUUAGCCUCAGUACAGCUUUAGAAAAUCUUUAUCCUUCCAAAAGAGUUUGGAUAGUUGUGGGUAACAUUUUCCAAACAGUCUUUCAGGGAUCGUGUCAGUGGCCUACAACCAAGGUAUUCGUCCCCCACUUUGAGUCUUAACUGUGGUUUUUCUCCAAUCCCAGUGGGAAAGGGCUUCAAGGCACCACCAGUGGUAUUAAUAUUAGUACUUAUACCAUGCCUUUAAGUUUAGAUACACACAUGACAAUAAUGUACUUGGUAAAGACGCAUCACCCGCUAACUGAGGGAAGACUGUGGUAGCCUUUCCUUGAGAGUUGAGGGUUUCCCUCACUCACUCACUCAACGCCCCAGCCUGAUGAUUCUGAUUUCUAGAUUCUACUUUCCUCCAGUCCCUUAUUUUGGCUACUACUUUCAAAGAGUCUGCCCAGAGGGGUCUCCUCCAUUCUAGGGGGCAUUUGCUGAACUAAACUGAGCCUAAGCUGACUCUGGCUAUUGGGAAAGCUGCUUAGUCUCAGUGGCUCCUUCCUGCGGAGUCACACACAUCCCCAGGCUGCUGCGGAAGUGGAGUUGAGGCGGAGCAGGGGCAGCGUGGCUGUGAUUCCUCUGGGGAAGGGGAGUUGCUGCGCCCCCGGGUGAGGGUGGAGCGGAUCCAUCACACCAAAUCCAGGUCUUUGCUUUCGUAAGGUCUCUGAUCAUUGAGGAAUGCUAGAAACCAAGCGACGUGUUACCCCACCCCCACCCCCAUCUGUGCCACACUAAUUUUGUGAUUUAAUUGCUUUCAUGGGUGACUAACUUUGUUCAGUGAAACCAGGGUUCGUUUGUUUAGGUUUUUUUCUUUGCUACUUAUAUAUUUAAAGGUACAUAUUUCUUACUUCAGAUCUCUACUGAUAGUGCCCUAUGGGAAGAUGCUGGAACAUUUUGCAAAUGUGACUUUUUUUUUUUUAGUGUUGCUUGAAGCCUGUCAUAUGUCAGUUGCUGCUGCCUUCUUUCCUUUUAUGAGGUUCCCAAUGUUUCUUCCAGAAAAUUACUUUAUUUAUGCAAGUCAGGUGACUCUUACACCACAAAACCAUUUGAUGAUAAACAGAUUAUCAUUAGGUGCAUAUCUUAUUGAUAUUUUGUGAAAUGUUAUGCCUGUGUUGCAAACGUUGAAUAGUUUCGUCUUUAUAUAUUGCUGUCUUCAGUGUACAGCAUGGUUUUACUUAACUGAAUGUUACUGUUUAAUAUUUUCUUCUUAUAGAAGAGACCAUGCCCUUUUGUAUGACAUGUUUUAAUAAAUGUUAUCUGUCAACUUUGUAAAA